AGGCUUCCAAGCACCUCCCCCUAUAUAUAUUCCCUUGUCUGUCUGACACAACCGCUAAAAACAAGAGAAAUCAUCAAACAAAACGAACCCAAAUUUGAACCUUGUAACAAAAAAGAACAAGGAAAACUUUGAAAGAGAAAAACACGAUGUCGUGUUCAGUAGCCGUAUCUAACUCACCGGUGUUCUCUCCGUCGUCGUCUCUUUUCUGUAAUAAAGCCUCCAUCAUCUCUCCGUCGUCCGAAGCUUUGAAUUUGACGUUGACUCACCUCAAACCUUCGUCUUCUCCUGCUUCUCCGGUUCCUUCUUCACCUUCUUCGCCUUUUAGGCUUCGGCUUCAAAAACCGCCGCCUGGGUCUUUGUUAUCGUCUUCUUCAUCUGCUUCAACGUCAUCGUCUUCGGGUCCGGGUUCAACAGCAGGUCUGGGACCGGGAUCAGUCUCGACGAUUUUGAAGAGGAAGAGGCCGGCGAGGCUGGAUAUACCGGUGGGGACGAUGGCGAUGUAUUUUGGGGUCCCGGCGACGCCGUGUGAUGUGAGGAGAGAGGUGGAGAGAGAGGGAGAUGGAUAUUCUGUUUACUGUAAAAGAGGGAGGAGAGAGGCAAUGGAAGAUAGGUUUUCAGCUUCUGUUAAACUCCAAGGAGAUUCCAAACAGGCAUUUUUUGGUGUUUUUGAUGGACAUGGAGGUGCCAAAGCUGCGGAGUUUGCAGCGCAGAAAUUGGAGAAGAACAUUUUAGAUGAAGUUGUUAGAAGAAGAGACAAAACUAAUGUAAAGGAAGCUGUUAAAGAAGGUUAUUUGAAGACAGAUGCUGAGUUUCUUAAGGAAGACGUCACUGGUGGCACAUGUUGUGUGACAGCUUUGAUCCAAAAUGGAAACCUUGUUGUAUCGAAUGCUGGUGACUGUCGUGCUGUUGUGAGCAGAGGUGGUGUCGCUGAAGCUCUCACCUCUGAUCACCGACCUUCAAGGGAGGAUGAAAGGAACAGAAUUGAGACUUUGGGUGGCUAUGUGGACUUAUGCCGUGGUGUUUGGAGGAUUCAGGGUUGUCUGGCUGUCUCCAGAGGGAUUGGAGAUCACCACCUUAAACAGUGGGUAAUAGCUGAGCCAGAGACAAAGAUCAUUAGUAUCAAACCUGAAUGCGAGUUCUUAAUAUUAGCCUCUGACGGCUUAUGGGAUAAGGUUAGUAAUCAGGAAGCAGUUGACAUUGCUCGUUCUUCAUGUCUAGGCAUCAAUAAGACAAAUCCUUUGUUUGCCUGUAAAAGGCUUGUCGACCUUUCUGUUUCUCGAGGCUCAUCUGAUGAUAUUAGCGUGAUGCUGAUUCAGCUGGGGCACUAUAUUUGAUUGUCUAAUUUCUGAAAUGUAGGCAACCAAUUAACUCUUAGGAUUGACUCUGCCUGGUAGUUUCGUGAUCGUUGUUAUGUUGGGAGGAGAAGACAGUAUCUCAUUCAGAGCUAGUUGGUAGAGGUGUUUUGAGACUUAGAUGCCUUAGCAGAUGCAGUAGAGGUGGAAGCUGGUUUAUGUCGGUAGGGCAGCAGCAUUUAGUCUUUAUUGACCAUUCUUUGAGGGAUUUUUAUGCCAACGGCUGAAGAAGAGAUCACAGAGACCCAGUUGUAAUCUUGGUUGUAUAUUUUUGACAUUCUUUGACCUUGGAGUUGUAAAUCAGGAUAUUCUUUAUAGAAGCAGUUUUCCAAUAAUUCUUUUCAAUGGUGCCGAUUCAAUUUUGUACACAUUGUUCUCAACUGUCUUGUAGAUUAUCAUACAGAUUUAAUGGAUCAUUCUGAUGAAAGAUUCAAAGGCUGCCUUAUGAAAUAGUCUUGUCCUUCUUGGUGUUUAUGAUUCUAGUUAAUUAGUUGUUGCGAAGCAUGAUUCUGCAUGAACGAGAACUUAUGAAACUAUAUACUGCCUUAUUCCUGGAGAAUUGAGAGAGUGAACCGGUGGUUCUUGUGUACUCUUGCAUGUUUGCCCUUUCAAUGUCAUCCUGACAAUGAGGAAUUUGAGCAUUUUGAAGAGUUUCAGGCAUUUGUGAAUUUUCAAAUCAUAAACAUCAUUUCUAUGAUAACAGUCGCAUACUCUUUGCUCUUUCUGAUAUUGGCAUACCAUUUUAAGUCUUAACAUUGUGUUCAUGUAGGCUAGGGGAAUAUAUGCAUAUUGGGAUUAAUGGAUAAUCAUUACUCUCAUUUCAAAGAGUUUCAGGA